UCCGGGCCCUUAUAUAUGUUGAUGCUGACGAACCGGUGGAAAGGUUGAAAGAAUGUCUCGUCGGUAUCCAGCGGAAGGUGCAUUAUUUAUUGGGCGGUUGAGUAAAUCGACCCGAGUAAGAGACUUAGAAGAAAUUUUUGAACCCUACGGAAGAUUGUUGCGUUGUGAUAUCAAAUAUGGUGCUGAAAUGGCAUAUGCUUUUGUUGAUUUUGAAGAUAGACGUGAUGCAGCUGAUGCUGUGAAAUAUGAAAAUGGUAGAGAAGUUUGUGGUUCUAGUAUAAUAGCAGAGUUUGCAAAGGGAACACCAAGGAGACCUUUGUGGAAAGAUGAAGAUACUAAGUAUUCACAAGGCAAUGACGAAUGUUAUAAAUGUCACAGACCUGGUCAUUGGGCGAGAGAUUGUCGUCAUGACGGAGGAGGAGGAGGUGGUGGUGGUGGUAGUGGAGGAGGAUAUCGUGGUAAUCGUAGAGGUGGUAGAUACAGGUCACCCUCUCCACGUAGACGAAGAAGAUCGAGAUCCAGAUCACGCUCACGAAGACAUUCUAGAAGUAGAUCAAGAAGUAGACGAAGAAGAAGUAGUAGAAGUAGAAGCCAAGACAGAUCUAGUAAACGUAGACGGACACGUAGUCGUAGUGGUAGUACCAAAAGAAACAAAACCACUCGUUCCAGGAGCAGGUCCAAAUCAGUUGUAAAGUCAAGAAGUAGAUCUAAAAGCAGAUCCAAGAGUCCAUCUCGUUCUAAGAGUAGGAGUCCUACUAGAUCAAGGUCACACUCUAGAUCUCGUUCUAGAUCAAAAAGUGCUGAAGUUGAUGGUGAUGUCAAUGGCAAUAAAGAUAAUGAAGAGCCUGAAAAUGGCAACUCACAUGAAUCUUCUCCAAAUCGUGCUCCCAGUCGAUCCCGAAGUCGAAGUAAAUCUUUGUGAUAUUUUCGACCUGUUUUUAUAUUCCCGGCCCUUGACACAUUCAUCAAAGACAUGCAUCCCCCAUUAACUAUUCUUUAAGACUUUAAUGUAGAAAGUGUUUAAAGAUAGCUGCUUUUAUCAAUUGUAACAAUCAUGCUAAUAUUAAAGAAAUAUUGUGUACA